AUGCCGCAAUGCACUGUGCGAUUUGAAGAAAUGCCGCAAAGCACUGUGCAUUUUGAAGAAAUGUCGCACUGCACUGUGCGCUUCGAAGAAGUGUCGCAUUGCACUGUGCGCUUAGAAGAAAUGUCGCAAUGCACUGUGCGAUUUGAAAAACUGUCGCAUUGCACUGUGCGCUUUCAAAAAUGCCGCAAUGCAAUGUGCGAUUUGAAGAAAUGCCGCAAAGCACUGUGCAUUUUGAAGAAGCGUCGCGUUGCACUGUGCGCUUUGAAGAAAUGUCGCAUUGCACUGUGCGCUUUGAUGAAAUGUCGCGUUGCACUGUGCGAUCGUUUUGCCGGCCUUCCCGCCGCACUGUGCGAUCGUUUCUCCGGUCGCACGCUGCCUCAAAACAGUCAUGUCUGCUCGUUCAGCGCCACAGAACAGGGACGCUCCCAACAAUGA